AAUUGAACUCAGGUCCUCUGGAAGAGAAGCUGUGUGGGAUGACUGACUGGUUGACGGAAAGCCCCCAAGGACGGGGCUGCAAGAUUUAGCUGCUCUUAGCUCCCUUCCUGGCAGCCUGGGAACUACCUCCCAGGCACCUCAGGCGCCAUGGACUCCCCAGGGUACAACUGCUUUGUGGACAGGGACAAGAUGGACGCAUCCAUCCAGGACCUGGGGCCAAGGGAACUGAACUGCACCGAGCUGCAGGAGUUGAAGCAACUGGCACGUCAGGGCUACUGGGCUCAGAGCCACGCCCUGCGGGGGAAAGUGUACCAGCGCCUGAUCCGGGACAUCCCCUGCCGCACGGUCACACCUGAUGCCAGCGUGUACAGUGAUAUCGUGGGCAAGAUUGUGGGCAAGCACAGCAGCAGUAGCUUGCCCUUGCCUGAAUUUGUGGACAACACUCAGGUGCCCACCUACUGCCUGAACACACGGGGUGAGGGGGCUGUGCGCAAGAUUCUCCUGUGUAUUGCCAAUCAGUUCCCUGACAUCUCCUUCUGCCCUGCCCUGCCUGCUGUGGUGGCCCUGCUGCUGCACUACAGCAUUGACGAAGCUGAGUGUUUUGAAAAGGCCUGCCGCAUCCUAGCUUGCAAUGACCCCAGCAAGAAGCUCAUUGACCAGAGCUUCCUGGCCUUUGAGUCCUCCUGCAUGACAUUUGGGGACCUGGUGAACAAGUACUGCCAGGCGGCCCACAAACUGAUGGUGGCUGUGUCAGAGGACGUCCUGCAGGUCUACUCUGACUGGCAGCGAUGGCUCUUUGGGGAGCUGCCCCUCAAUUACUUCGCUCGUGUUUUUGAUGUCUUUCUUGUAGAAGGCUACAAGGUAUUGUACCGAGUUGCUUUGGCCAUCCUCAAGUUCUUCCACAAGGUGAGAGCAGGACAGCCCCUCGAGUCAGACAAUGUAAGGCAAGACAUCCGCAUAUUUGUCAAGGACAUUGCCAAGACAGUGUCCCCUGAGAAACUACUGGAGAAAGCUUUUGCCAUCCGCCUGUUUUCCCGAAAGGAGAUCCAGCUCUUGCAAAUGGCCAAUGAGAAAGCACUAAAGCAGAAGGGCAUUACUGUCAAACAGAAGAGUGUCUCACUUUCUAGAAGGCAGUUUGUGCACUUGGCUGUCCAUGCAGAAAACUUCCGCUCAGAGAUUGUCAGUGUGAAGGAGAUGAGAGACAUUUGGUCCUGGAUCCCCGAGCGUUUUGCCCUCUGCCAACCUCUCCUGCUCUUCUCCUCGCUGCAGCACGGGUACAGCCUAACUAGGUUCUAUUUCCAGUGUGAAGGACACGAGCCCACCCUCCUGCUCAUCAAGACCACGCAAAAGGAGGUUUGUGGCGCUUACCUGUCAACAGACUGGAGCGAAAGAAAUAAGUUUGGGGGUAAACUGAGCUUCUUUGGAACCGGAGAGUGCUUUGUGUUUAGGCUGCAGCCAGAGGUGCAGCGUUACGAGUGGGUGGUCAUCAAGCAUCCAGAGCUGACUAGGCCGACAUCCUUCAAGUCCUCAGAGGCUGCAGCCGCUCCUCCCCUCCUCAGCCACUCCGUGUCUUCAGACCCUGCUGAUCGGCUCUCACCUUUCCUGGCUGCCCGGCACUUCAACCUGCCCUCCAAGACUGAAUCCAUGUUCAUGGCUGGGGGCAAUGACUGCCUCAUCAUUGGGGGAGGAGGAGGUCAAGCACUCUACAUUGACGGGGAUCUGAACCGAGGCCGAACUGGACACUGCGACACUUUCAACAACCAGCCCCUCUGCUCUGAGAACUUCCUCAUCUCAGCUGUGGAGGCUUGGGGCUUCCAAGACCCUGACACCCAGUGAUGGGUUUGCGUUGAUAGUGACUGAGCCACAUCGUGGAGGCCAAGCUGCCUCUUGAGGGAGCAGGGAGUGAGUGAGACAUCACCCCUAUGAAGCAGUCAGGCUUGGUGCACAGUGGGGAUGUCACUGUCACGAGCCAAGCCUGGCUACUGCUUGGACUGGCUGCCCCUCUGCCUUGGACUUGUUAGGCUAGGACCCCAAACCCUCCUGCUUCUGAGCUCAAGGGACUGUUAUGCUCCCAACCCCGUCCAGUGUCUGCCCUCACCCAGGGUCCUGGCUCUGCGUGGAGGUGUCCUGUGGCCAAGAUUGCCCAGGGAUAGUUGCUCUGCCCCUGGGCCUCAGCCUUUUGUAGGGAAAGAGCAAAUGAAUCUUCUUGCCAAAUGUGGGUCUGUGGUGCCCCCUGCUGGUUCUUUCUGAGCUACAUUUGCUGCUGCUGGACAGGAUGGGGAAGGCAGUAUUUGUGCAGAGCUCUGCAGCUCCCCUGUCUAAGAAGGAUGAGGACUGGAGAGCCGUCUUUUGUCUUUGUGUUUCUGCAGAGCCGGAAGCUCUUGCUGCACCUCACUGCAAGUCCACACCUGAAGGUGGCCUGUGGAGACACUUUCUU